ACUUUACACACUACCUCCCCCCUCCGCCAUCAUUUUUACUUGUUUGUCUUCUCUUCAGUCUUCGUCAACUACAACUACAACUUCAAUUACUGUUUGCUUAUCAUGCGUCUCCACACUUACUGUUAUAAUAACAUAUAUAUAAUUUUGAGCGAGUAUCUGAUGGGAAGAUAUCAGUGAACUUGGCAAUAAUGGAAAGGGGGCCCAUUGAAGAAAUUUUACAGAUUCGGUGUGGUUAUUUUGUAUGCACUGCUGACAACAGAACAGUGUAGCGUUCAGAUUCUGUGGAGCAAACAUGUAAUGCGUGGCGCUUGAGAGGCAGGCAGCACAGGGCAGGAGAGGGGAGAGCCCCAUAAUUGACUUAUCAUCAUCAAUGGUCCAAGUCAACGAAUCCCUGCACAAAAGUGGCGGCUUUCCUUCUCUUUCAAUCCAAAAAAUUGAAAUUCUCACAAACUUCUUGCUAAUCAAUCUGUAUGAACGUGUGCCUGUACAAUGAUAAUAUAUGAUGAGGACAAGGACGGUGUAAAAGGUUGCUUUCUGUAGCAAGCAACAUGCUCCUUUUCAUUUCAUCGUUGAGUACCAGUAGCAAGUACCACCGCCACAGUGUCACCAGAGUGUCAGUGUCAGCCGCUACUCACUCACUAGAGGAUAACCCCCCACCCCCACCCCCACCAAGUCCCAAUAUUAAGGGAGUAUCACAGGCGGCUAGUGUUUAAAGCCUACUACUGCUUUUGUUUUGUUCCUCUCUUUGUAAAACAGCAUUCAUUCGUAUACAAUACAAUACAAUAGUACAACGCUUUAGCUGCUAGCUACGCUCUUCAAGCCUCCUUAAUCUCCUCAAAACUUCCGCUCAGGCACACCCAUCACAUUGAGCACCACCCACCCCUUUAUGGUGGUGGCCAUAUCUAUAUCUGAUUUGGGAGGUUGAGUUCUAUAUAAUCAAUUGAUUAUUACCCUGGGAGUUUCCUGUUGGGUGGAAAGUAUGCUUUAGGGUAUUAAAAAACAGGUUAUCUACUGCUUAAAGCCUAAACACCAGGGUUCGUAUUGUUGUAGGGAAGCUGCUACAUGGAUAUCAAUAUGGCUAGAUUAGAGAUAAACACUCAUAACUCUCUUUCCUCUCAAUCUGAAAAAUCAGCACUGAAAUUGGAAAGGAACUACUGUAAUAAUUUCAAUCUGUCGCAGCCAAGGCCACAGUCCAUACAAGCCCUUGCAUCAGGCGGUCAGCUCCCUGACAUCAAUGCCACUUACUUUUCCUGGCCGGCUUGCCGAUUAACUGAUGGUGCAGAAGAUAGGGCUAGUUACUUUGAUAAUAUUCAAAAUGAAGUUUUACCUGAAACUCUUGACCAACAGGCAGCAGAGUUGCAGGCAACAACAUUGCUUCAACUGAUGACCAUCAGAGCAUUUCAUAGCAAAUAUUUAAGGCAGUUUAGUCUUGGCACUGCAAUUGGUUUUCGGAUCAGGAAGGGUUUGUUGACUGAUACACCAGCUAUACUCGUCUUUGUUGCUCAAAAAGUUCGAAGGCAUUGGCUCAGCCCUGCUCAGUGUUUACCUGCUACACUUGAGGGUCCUGGAGGGGUUUGGUGUGACGUUGAUGUUGUAGAGUUUUCUUAUUAUGGAGUUUCUGCAGCCACUCCAAAAGAAAAACUGUAUAAAGAGCUUGUAAAUGGCUUUGGUAGUUGCGAUCCAUGCAUUGGAUCAGGUUCACAGGUUGCGAGCCAAGAAACUUAUGGAACCUUGGGUGCUAUUGUUAGAAGCAGGACAGGAAAUCGGCAGGUUGGUUUCCUUACCAAUCGCCAUGUAGCCAUUGAUCUUGAAUACCCAAGUCAGAAAAUGUUCCAUCCAUUCCCUCCAAGUCUUGGACCAGGUGUAUAUUUAGGUGCUGUGGAAAGGGCAACAACAUUUGUGGCUGACUAUCUGUGGUACAGAAUUUUUGCUGGAAGUAACCCAGAAACGUUUGUUCGUGCUGAUGGUGCCUUCAUUCCUUUUGCGGAAGAUUUGAACAUGGACAAUGUGACAACAACAGUGAAAGGCAUUGGUGAGAUUGGUGAAGUCAAUGCAAUAGAGUUGCAGUCACAUGUUGGUAGUAUAGUUGGACGGGAAGUCAUAAAAGUUGGAAGGAGCUCUGGCUUGACAACUGGGACCAUAAUGGCCUAUUCAUUGGAGUACAAUGAUGAAAAGGGGUUCUGUUUCUUCACUGAUUUUCUUGUUGUUGGAGAGAAUCCUGAGACAUUUGAUCUUGAAGGUGACAGUGGUAGCCUGAUCCUACUGACAAAUCAAAAUGGUGAGAAACCCCGGCCAGUUGGGACUAUUUGGGGUGGGAUUUCCAACCGAGGUCGGUUGAAAUUGAAAGCCAGCCAACCUCCAAAAAAUUGGACCAGUGGUGUGGAUUUGGGGCGUCUUCUCGACAUCCUAGAACUUGAUCUCGUCACAUCCACUAGAAAAGAUCUUCACGUAGAGGGAAUUGCACCAGCAGUUGGAGUGGUCCCUGUCAAUGCCAUGCCCAGCAAGCAAGCAAGCAUACCAAGAAAACUAAAGAGAGGUGCGCAGGCAAUCUGAUUUCUAAUCAUUAUGAAGCUCUCUCUGUUCUCAGUUCUUUCAUCAAGUGAGGAACUACUAUGCAAUCACGCAUACAAGAAGCUCCAGUGAUUGAUAUUUGCAGAGAAGAUUGGAGAAUCCCCACACUAUUCUUUUAAUCCCAAUUAUGUCAUUUUUAUGAUGGGGGACGGGCUAUGGAGGAUCUCUUUUACUUUUAUAGAUUAGUGGCAAGCAUUGUAAGUAGUAGUAGUAGUAGUACAUAAUAACAAUAAUAAUACUGAUUAUUGUAUUUGCACUUGUACAUGUAUAGCACCGAUGG